UGAACAGACAUCAUUCACUGUAGAGGCGCAGAAUGGAGAUCUACAUUUGACAAAAUAUCCAAGUCGGACAGGGAGGUGGAAGAUGAUAAAUUUAAAGUUAACAGAGCGGGACAGGGUGGAGAGAGAGAGAACGAGAGAGAGAGAGAGAACGAGAGAGCGCGUGGCGGUACAGUGAGUGGCUCGCGCGCAUUAACAGAAGUGCGCGCGGAUCGGAUGUUGACACAUCACGGGCAUCUGCAUAAUCUAUAUCACAGCGGUGGCCGCUAAACAGCUCAACUCUUUAAACCUCCGCGAUUGUUCUCAAAAACACAAAAAAGCUUCUAACGUUUCUUUUCGCGCUUUUUUCUUUCAGUCAUCUGCGAACUCUUCUGACUGACAUCAUCUGGACUUGAGCUUGGAUAAAACAACAGUUUAAUGUCCGACUGAGAUGGUUAAGAUGUUUGACUUCAUUCUUUCUGUCAGAGAAUGACUGGUCUGUAAGGCUUAAGCAUUGUAAGCAUUGAGUCCAGUGCCCUUUAGGCCUCUUCAUCACAUUACACUGAGUUUGGGUGGACACUACACUGCUCAAAUGGACCUCCAUCGGACUGCCUUUAAGAUGGAGAACACCUCCUACAUGCCCAAUCCGCUGACCUCCCCUGCCCUCAUGGUCCUGGCAUCAACAGCCGAGGCUGGACGAGAUGCCUCUGUACCCUGCCAGCCCCCUCGGCCGUUUGGAGUGCCAGUCACUUUGGAAAAGGACAUGCACCUUCCGUUCCCCAGCGGCUCAUACACCUUUGCCUCCGUGUACCAUCGGCAAGGAGGCUUUCCCACUCGAGACUUUCCCACCCCUCUGCUUCACCUUCACCCACAGUUUGCCCCACCCAACCUUGACUGCUCACCACUGGGUAUGCUCAACCAUGGAGCCGUGGGGGCCUUCCGACCGUUCUCCUCCCCACCUGAGGAGCGUGAUGCAGGGGCUUACCAGUCUGCCUUCCUUCCUGCCAAGCGCUUGAAAGGCUGUCUGGAUCCAGAGGCAUCACCCCACCUCCGCUACACAGAUGUAGAGGGGAAAGAUUUUGACUUUGGGGGUGCUCAUGUCCCUGCUGGUUCUCCAAAUGCCCUGAAGGUAGCUGAGGAUGCUGGGAAGAAGCUCUUUGGCUUGUCUGGGCUGUUGGCAGAGGGUUCAUCUGGCCCAGAGGAGCACAAAGAACCAAGUAAAAUAAAGGGCCUGUAUGACACUCAGACGCCCAUGUGUCCGAUCUGUCACGCAGUGCUGCGGCCAGGAGAGCUGCAGGAACACAUGGAGCAGGAAAUGGAGCAUCUAAUGCAGCUGCACAAUAGUCAGGGUCCUGCACAAAAGGAGUGUCUCGCUGCUGGGCCGCCCAAGUCUCUGUUUUCUAUGCACAUAAAGAGAGAGGGUUCCUCUUCCGCCUCCUCUCCACGUCCUGCUGAUGAGGCUGUGCACUCCGACAGGUACCAGACAUUUUUGCGAGUACGAGCAAACAGGCAAACAAGACUCAAUGUUAAGGAGCUCUGCUGGUGCAGGUGCUACGCCAAACAGAAAGUGAAAACUAUUCAUCUUUGGUCUGACUAUGGAUUCCCACAUGUAUCUUCUUGUCCACUGUCUGCACGCAUUGGGAAACUGAAAAGACGGAAAGCAGAGGAAGAUCAGAGAGAUGGUGUUUGUGUUGUUGAAGAUGGCUCCAUGCUGUCAGCCGGGAGGGAGUUUGAAUGGGCCGAACAGAGAAGAAUACAGAUGGUUUCUGUUCUCAGAGGCUUCAGAGGUUUGGUGGGCAGUACAUUGAAAGAGCACCAGGACAGUGAUGUGGAUCUGGACGUGGAUGGUGAUGAUACUUUGGAGUAUGGAAAAGCCCAAUACACAGAGGCAGAUGUAAUUCCCUGUUCAGGAAAUGAACCCAGAGACGCAGAGGAGAGGCAGGCAUUAAGAGGAGCGGUUUUAAAUGGAGAGACAGCCUGCAGGUUAUCUCCAGAACAAGCCAAGUCUGCAAACUCAGAAGCUCCAACUACAAGUAAUGGAGAGUUUGACAACAAUACAAGCACAACAUCUCCAAGAACCUGUAAAAACAGCGAGUUAGAGAUCUUAUCGGAUGACCCCUCCCUCAGUACGCUGGAGGCCCUGAAAACACGGAUCAGAGAUCUAGAGAAGCAGUUCACACGAGGGGACAGAUUCAAGUGUCUCAUCUGCAUGGACUCCUACACAGUACCUCUGACCUCUAUCCAGUGCUGGCAUGUCCACUGUGAGGAAUGCUGGCUUCGCACCCUGGGAGCAAAGAAACUGUGUCCACAGUGCAACACUAUCACCUCACCCGGGGACCUGAGACGAGUGUAUUUAUGAAGAGUUAUAGCUGUCCUGUCAUCUGCCUGUUUGCACUCUACACAAACGGAUCUCUUUUACUGAGAAGAACCUUUCUGGGCCCAUGCAAAACUUAAAGUACGUCUUGCCCAAAAGAAUCAUUUAAAAAGUUCCUGUCGGAAUGCAACCCGGUUACAUGAAGACCACUGUGUUCAUUUCUUGAUGAAGUAUAAAUCUUGUAACAAUAUUGUAAGGACAGUAAAACUGCUCACAAAAAAAGUUGUUUAUAUGUACAAAACCUUGUUUUAUAAAAUAUUGUUAAGUUAUUCUCAUAGAGCAACCUGUCCAAUAGUUUUGUGAAUGUUUACACUGAAGAAUUCUUUUCUAAUUUGAAUCUAGCAGUGUUGAUAUAUUCAAAAUGGUUAACAGUUAACAUUUGAAUCAUUCAUAAACUGUGUUUUGUGUAGAAUGUGCAAAAAAAGCAAUGAAUCUUGUACAUUUAUUUUCCAUAAUUAGGUAACUGUAAUUUAAUAGUGAAUGGGAUAUUUUAAAUAUGAUUAUCGUUUCAGCCAUUUCAUGUGAUAUAGUGUAAUUGUUUAUUUCAUGCAUUUAAAAAAACAUUAUUUCAUGCAAUUUUGAUGCCCUUAUUCUAAGCAUGUAUGAAAUCAAGACACUAAAUAUGAUGCAAAAUUACAAAGCCAUUCUCACAAGGUUUGUAAAUUCAAAAAGUGCUAAUUUUAUCAAACUGUUCACAUGCAUAAAAAAAUAAAAAUUUUUACUACAAGGUUCAGCAACAGAUACUCUGAGUUGAGGUAGUUCCCUGUAUAUUUUCCACAUUUUUUGCUCUUGUACUUCAACUUUUAUCUAAGAUGCUGUGUAGAUGUAAUUGUCUACAUUCUUGUAAUGAAUUACACUGAUAUUUGUAUUGAUAUGUAUUGUACUGUAUGUACAGCAGAGUUGCAUCAAGAAGCUCCCCUCCCUUAGUCGAGUUGAUUCUUAAUGCAGUAUAUGGACGUUGAGGUUGAUCUCUGCUUAGCCCUCACUCUCAACUGCCAAGCAGAAUAAAGGUCUCCUGACAGAGUCAUUAUAGGCUAUGACAUUAGCACUCAAGGAACUCAAAUCAGAACUAACAGAAAAAGAGUUUCCUUUGUGGUAUUUUAGCAAUAGUUUUGUUACUUCUGACUCUCUAGUCAAGUUACAACCGGUAACUGAAAGAUCGUAAAGCACUUUUUGAUAGAACUGAAAUAGAAUGAAACACAAAACCAGCUUUGUUUUAUGAUUAUGUAUUUUGUAUAGACUCAUCUGUUUUUCUUUGACAAAAA